GCGCUGCAGUAAGACCUCCCUUUCGAUAGGUGUCCUAAUAUGUCUUUGUGCUUCCUUACAAGGAACCGGGGAAGUAAAUCCGUCUCACAUGUAACCAAAGUGACCUCAGGUUUCAAUGCGUGCUCUUUGGUUCUAAGUGGUUGUGAAGCUGUAAAACAUCACUGAGGUCCUUUCACAAUUAUAAUAUAACGUUAUUGGUAAAAGUGACUAGCGCCGUAUUUUAAAUGGCUGCUAUCCAGGAGCUCUCUCCAGACUCUGGCCGUGGGGAGACACGACCCCCCGAAGACGAGAUCGAGGGCGAUGAUGAGGAUGAAGAGUUGGAUGAAACACUGUUGGAGAGGUUGUGGGGUCUCACAGAGAUGUUUCCAGAAUCACUGCGAUCAGCAGCUGAAGUUUCUGCACAGUGUUCACUAUCUGUAGGCAAAAAACUUUACAGUUUCUCCCGCUCAGCUCUAUGGGUCGGUACUACUUCUUUUAUGAUUCUGGUUCUGCCGGUUGUCUUUGAGACUGAGAGGUUACAGCUGGAACAGCAACAACUACAACAGCAGAGACAGAUUUUGUUGGGUCCAAAUGCUGGCAUGUCUGGAGGAAUGCCUGGAAUUAUGCCACCUGCUCCUGGGAAGCUGUGAUGUAUAUAUUGUAGCAUCCAUGAGUUGUAGAAGAAGGGGAAAGAGAGAGGGAGCAGGAACUGGAGAAUGAUGUGAGAAGAUGCUGUGCUCGGUCAACAUCAAGAAGUCAUUACCCUGUAUAGUUGUGUGUACAGUGGAGACCUUGAUGACUUUUUAUGAACGUCCCUCUCUCUCUGCCUUUCUCACAAAACAUUCUGCAUAGACUGUCGUCCAAGCUCUGAUCGUUUACUUUUUUAUUAUAGCCAUCUAAUAACAUUUCUUUGGGAAAGAGAGUAUAGCAGCUUUUGGGGAAUAUUUCGACUGUGUUGUAGGUGCAUUAUAUUUCUAAGAGAGUGUUUACGGUGCAAUGUUGGCCAUUGAAAUGCCGGAUCAACACUGACGUGCAGAGAAUCUGUAACAGCAUUCACAAGAUCUGUAGUAUUUUUGAGGGCACACAAGGCCAAUAUUGAUUGUGAAAUUUUCUCUUUCUACAAAUUAUGGUUGUUUUUUGUUCUUGAUUGAGAAAUGUUAAAACCUUUAGAAAUGGUUCUCUACCAACGGUGUCUUUUACAGGUAGAACUAAUAUCAUGCAAAGCUUGAUGCAAUGUUAUUCCUCAGACAAAAGCCAUACAGUAUGCAGAACCAUUGUGAAAUAUUUAAGAAAGAAUGUUUCGAAACAUUGUAGUUUCAGUAGUGAAUAAUUAUGUUUGCUCCACAUGACAGGAAUAAAAACAAGUCCUC